UGUGUGUGAGGGCAGCGUUCUGUAAUAGCCACAACUACGGAUUAACAUGUUAUGGACGAGUGCACCAUCUGGAAUUCUUGCCCCGACACACGAGGGGUUUUUGUCCAUGUGAGCUUUCUGAAAUUUGUACAGAAGUUCAUCCUGGAAAUGGCUCUGAAGUGCACAUCAAUGCGAAAUCCAUCGGCAGCUGAACAGCUUCCCUGGGUUUCGAUAACAUCUGCAUCGCUUCACUGAAGAUGGACACACUGGAGUCGGAGUUGACUUGCCCAAUCUGUCUAGAGCUUUUCGACGAUCCUUUACUGCUGCCUUGCGCCCACAGCCUGUGCUUUAACUGUGCUCAUCGUAUCCUAGAGUCCCACUCUGGUGCAUUCGACGAGUCCACACAACAGUUCACUGCAUUCCAGUGUCCCACGUGCCGCUAUGUCAUCACACUCGACGAGCAGGGCCUAGACGGACUCAAACGGAACGUCACUUUACAGAACAUCAUCGACCGCAUCCAGAAGGCCUCGCUGAGUGGACCCAACUCUCCGAACGAAACUCGCCACUGCGACCAGUUCACCUCGAGCGUGGACGAUUGCACGGCCAUGACUUCAUCAUGCGAGCCAGUCCGGUGCCAGUUCUGUGAGCAGGACCCGCCGCAGGAUGCGGUAAAGACUUGCAUUACCUGCGAGGUGUCAUACUGCCAGGAAUGCCUUCGGGCGACUCACCCGAACAAGAAGCCCUUCACGGGUCACCGUCUCACGGAACCACUACCAGAUUCGCGUCUCAGAGGACUAGCCUGUCCGGAGCAUGGAGAGGAGAAGGUGAACAUGUACUGCAUGACAGAUGAACAGCUGAUCUGCUCACUGUGUAAACUGGUGGGGCAUCAUCGUGAGCACCAGGUGUCGUCGUUAGGAGAACGAUACGACAAGCUGAAGCAAAUGUUGGAUUCUAACCUCAGCAAUCUGAUCAAGAGGAAUAAUGAGCUGGAAAACCUGAUGGGGAAGUUAAUUCAGACCUGUCAACAUGUGGAGCACAAUGCAGCUCAUCAGGAGAGCAAACUCACAGAGGAAUGUGAUGUUCUCAUAAACAUCGUCCAGCAGAGAAGGCAAAUUAUCAGCACUAAGAUAAGAGAAGGAAAGGUGGUUCGGUUGAGAAAGCUCGCUCAACAGAUAGCUAACUGUAAACAGUUCAUGGAGAGAUCUUCAUCUCUCAUCACUCAAGCUGACCAAGUCCUGAAAGAGACUGAUCAUGCCCGUUUUCUACAGACCGCAAAGAGCAUCUCAGAGAGAGUCUCCAUGGCAACAGCAUCAUCACAGGUCCUGAUCCCAGAGAUAAACCUGAAUGACACAUUUGAUGCGUUCACACUGGACUUUAGCAGAGAGAAGAAACUGCUGGAGAGUUUGGAUUACCUCACAGCUCCUAGUGCGCCUGCUAUACGUGAGGAGCUUUGCACAGCAUCUUACGACACCAUCACAGUGCACUGGACAUCAGAGGAUGAAUUCAGCAUUGUUUCUUACGAGCUCCAGUACACCAUCUCCACCGGACACACUAAUGUUGUCAGUCUGUGUAACUCGAUGGAUAGCUGGAUGAUUGUUCCCAACAUUAAACAGAAUCAUUACACUGUUCACGGGCUGCAGAGUGGAACCAAGUACAUUUUCAUUGUGAAAGCCAUAAACCAGGCCGGGAGCCGCAGCAGUGCACCAGGCAAACUGAAGACCAACAGUCAGCCGUUUAAGCUCGACCCGAAGUCCGCCCACAGGAAGUUAAAGGUAUCACAUGACAGUCUGACUGUGGAGCGCGACGAGACAUCGUCCAUGAAAAGCCACGCACAGGACCGCUUCAGCAGCACUGGGAACUAUGGUGUCAUUGGGAAUGUGUACAUUGACAGUGGACGACAUUAUUGGGAAGUUCUGAUUGGAGGAAGCACAUGGUUUGCCAUCGGUAUUGCCUACAAAUCAGCUCCCAAGCACACAUGGGUUGGUAAGGAUUCGGCAUCAUGGGUGCUCUGCCGAUGCAACACGUCAUGGGCAGUGCGGCAUAAUGGUAAAGAGUUUCCAAUCGAACCCUCUCCUCGCAUGCGCCGUCUGGGCGUUCUGCUUGACUACGACUCGGGUUCGUUAGCGUUUUACGAUGCGGCUGGAACGCAACACCUGUAUACGUUUGACAUCACCUUCUCGCAGCCCAUCUGUCCCGUCUUCAGCAUCUGGAACAAAUGCUUGACUGUCCUCACUGGGCUGCCCAUACCAGACCACCUAGAGAUCAGUGACCCCCAUGACUAAACGAAAACCUGAAAAUGAAUCCUCUGCAAUCAUUUACUCACCCUCAUGUUGUUCCAAACCCAUAUAACUUUACCUCUUCAGUGGACUGUCACUAAAAGUCUUCUGUAAUGCGAUGGAUUUUACAGGUGAAACAGGAUAUUGAAUAAGAAAAUGUGGGAUGGUACUUUAUUUUAUCCAUCAGGAAUUGAAUGGAUGGUGAAAACUGGGAAUUACAUAACAGAAUGGAGGGUGGUUGGAGGGGCGAAGUUGAAAUGCAAGGAUUGGUGAUGAUAAGGCGGAGCAAGUUAUUACAUUUUCAUCAAAGAUUACAAAGACAAUUGUGUGUGUGUGUGUGUGUGUGUGUGUGUUGGGAGGUGGAUAACUAGCAAAGAUUUAUAUUGUGAUAUUUUUUCAAUGUUUGGCCGAUAACAAUAUAUAUCAUGGUAUACGCAUUUUUAUAAAAAGUGCUUCAAAAAUAAAUAAAAUUGUGAAAACUCCAUUAUGAUUUAAAACAAUGUCCAAAGUUACAGUAGAAAUGCCAUACCCAUUGCAAAAAAAUAAAUAAUAGUAUAUAUAUAUAUAUAUAUAUAUAUAUAUAUAUAUUAUAUAAUUAUAUAAUUAUAUAAUAAUAAUAUUAUUAAUAAAAUAAAACAAUUAUAUAUAUAUAUUUUUGCCGGUUAUUUUAUAAUUCCUGGGGUAAUUGACUGAAUGCGAUCGCUUUUCUCUUCUGUGUUUGCAGCAGAACAGAUGCCUAUAGGAAAGUAGUAAAGGUGCGGUCACAUUUACCUUUGCACAGUGAAAUUCUGCAGACAGAUGUUAUGAGCAACAGAUCAAAAUAACAUUAUGGUUAGGGCUGAACGUUUAAUCAAAAUCAAAAUCAUGAUAUGAACUAGUGUGAUUAUCAAACCGUGAAGGCUGCAAUUAAAUGAAAUAGUCUGAAUGUGCUGCCCGCUGUGCUGCGCUCAUGUGCACAGAAUUAUGUAAUUGUAUGAAUUUGCCUAAUUCCACUUACAAAUCUAAAAUAACCCCAUGACACCACAUUUUGUGGACAGAAAGAGAGAUGAGAGCGUUUCAACGCAGUAAAAGGCUGUUGUCAGCUCAACUUCAAACGAAACACAAAUGUCUUCAUUGACUUUUCCGCCAAAAUAAAAGCAUGAGGGUUUAACUGGACUGCAGUGGAAAGUCACGUGCAGGUUAAGAAAUUAUUACAGAAAUAUAUUAUUAUUGUAUAAUAAUAAUUAUUAUUAUUUUUAUUAUGCAAUAAUAAUAAUAUUUUCUUAACUUAAUAAUAAGUUAUUAUUAUUAUUUUUAUUAUGCAAUAA